AUGAGUGUGAAGGACUGCAUCCGCGAGGCAGCGGAGUCGGGCACGGGCUCGAAGGAGAAAAGACUGAAGAAGUCAACGUACGCUGAUGUGGACAAGGCCGUCUUCACCUGGUUUCUGGACAGACGGGCACGCAACGUACCCAUAAGUGGCGCAAUCCUGCAGCAGAAAGCGAAGGAUUUUGCGUCGAUUCUUGGCCAUGAUGAUUUCGAGGCAAGUAACGGCUGGCUGCAAGGGUUCAAGAGCUGGCACGGUGUCGUCGGUAGAGUGAUUAGCGGCGAGUCCACGUCUGCUAACAGCGAUGCCUCUGCCUCGUGGAUGGACGAGAAGCUGCCUGGCAUCUUGGACCGCUAUGAGGCGGCGGACUUGUACAACGCCAAUGAAACGGCAUUGUUCUACCAGAUGUUGCCGAAUCGCACGCUGGAGCUUAAAGGGCACGAUUGUCGAGGCAGAAAGCAGAGCAAACUACGCAUCACGGUCUUGCUUUCUGCAAACAGUGAUGGCAGCGACAAAAGAGUCCCAUUAGAUAUAGGAAAAAAUGCCCAGCCAAGGUGUUUUAAAGGCACGAAGCCGAUGCCAGUCAAGUACGUGGCCAAUUCGAAGGCCUGGAUGAGCCGAGAAAUCUUUACUGAAUGGCCGAAGGCAUUCAACGAAGAUGUCAAGCAUCAGGGUCGCCAAGUAUGCCUAUUGCUUGACAACUGCUCUGCUUACCACAUCGAAGGCCUUCAGCUGUCGAACAUCGAGCUGCAGUACUUCCCUGACAACUGCACGUCCCUAAUACAGCCGUUAGACAAAGGGAUCAUCAACAGCUUUAAGUGCUGCUAUCGUCGUCGCGUCAUUCAGAAGAUCCUCUUGUCGCUUUGA